UCACGUUCAGUGAGACGAGUGCAUGUAAUAUUAAUGGACCCGGCAGAACGCCAUACACGUGUGGCAGUGAAGUUAUUUUUUAUUUUUUUCACUAACACAUACCAUAACACGCUGCUCACAGGCUCAGUGCACCUAGUGUUUUGAAACAUCUGCGCUUCGGGAUCUCGACACCGUGUAGAAACGUCACUUUCAGUUUCGUUUUUUUUAAUUUUUUUUAUGUUGUUUUUCUGGACUUCCUAUACCACCCUGUCCUCUAAUGGCGGCGUCUCUGGCGUACUGUUAAAGAUACCAGAGAAAGGUGCAAAAAGCUGUACUUUGUAUGAAAAUGCUUGUCUUGACACAUUCGACGGCCGUUAUUUGCGCUGUGUUCAUCAUCACAGGAGCUGUUUCAGGUGAAGAUGUGAAGAAAGCAGUGGGUGGGACAGUUUCCUUUAGUCCAGACACAUUAGAAUCUCCUGUCACCAGCAUCACAUGGAAACAUGUUAGUCUUGCUACUGUGAAGGCGAUUGAAUGGGACGUUGAUGAUGGUGUUAUCAUCCCGAAUCAGAGAUUCAAAGACAUCACAACUCUUGAUGAGAAAACUGGACAAAUCACUAUAACUAAUUUAAAAGUCGAGCAUAGUGGAGAUUAUACCAUUGACAUCAACAGUAAAGAGCAGGGACAAAGAUUCAGCUUGGAAGUUAUGGAAGAGGUCCCCAAACCUAACAUAACUGUAGAGGAGAGCGGUAACCCUGAUGUUGUGUAUUUAAGAUGUGAGUUCAGUGGAAUGAUCAUCUGGACGAAUUCUGCUGGAGAAACACUGGAGGGCAAUAAGAACCAUAAGCCAGGAGAGUUUAUCACAGUCAAAAACACAAGAAAUCCAGAAAACUACUACACCUGCACACUCAAGAACGCAGUGAGUGAUGAGACCAGUGAUCCGGUCUAUGAGAGAGAACUGUUUAAGACAGAAGAGGUCCCCAAACCUAACAUAACUGUAGAGGAGAGAGGUAACCCUGAUACUUUGAAUUUAGUAUGUGAGUACGAUGAAAAAAUAAUCUGGAAGAAUUCUGCUGGACAAAUACUCACGGGCUCAAAGCACACAACAAAAGGAGAAUCCAUCACAGUCAAAAACACAAGAAAUCCAGAAAACUACUACACCUGCACACUCAAGAACGCAGUGAGUGAGAAGACCAGUGAUCCGGUCUAUGAGAGAGAUCUGUUUGUGACAGAAUCAAGCACAGGACUGAUCGUGGGGAUUGUAAUUCUUGUUAUCCUCCUCAUCAUUAUCGGCUUGAUUUGUGCCUAUCUACGCUCAGAGUCCAUUUACAACCGUGUUAAUGAAUGCUGUCCAGGUAUAGAAAGUGUGUUACGCCACGUGGAUUGUUGCGCAGAGAAGAGAAAGCAAUAUAGUCAAGAGCCAAAGGGUCCUGGGACGAAAGGCGAAGACAAUCCUCUGAAAUCUUCCAGUGAUGCUGAGAAUGUUGAAGAAAAUGAUUAUGUAAAUACUGAGACAGAUGGAGAUAAACGGGAGGGAGCAGAAAAUAGCAACGAGCCUCUGAAAGCGGACAGUGAUGGUGGCGAACAAGUGGCUAAAUUGUAAUGAUGGAAUAUAACCGAGUUUGGUGGAGUGACUAAAACUGCAGAAUGAGGAGAUUUCAUCGUAUCACCUUUCGCAAGGACAGUCUUUUUUUUCUUUUUUCAGACACGAAUGUGAAUUAUUUGUUUUCAAUAUAAUACGCCUGCGUUCACAAAUCAUCCCUCAGUUUAUUUGCUGCACUGUACUCACACUGCAGGGAAUUCUGUUUUUUCAAACUAUCCACACUGUUAUUGUCAGUUGAAUCUGUCUGGAUUGUGAUGUUUUUGGCGAUCUGUAUUAUCUGCAUUUGUUUCUUUAGUGGUGAUAGUCUUGGCGUGGCAUCUUGACUAAAAAGUGUCAUUCAGAAGCAUGCUUGAUGAAAGCUUACUGAUACGUGUCAGCUUCCUUCUUGGACCUGUGAUAUGACACUGGUGUCCACCAGAAAGAGAAACAAACAUAAGAUGCACAGUGGUCACUUCAGGCGUGCUUAUCUCACUGCAGCAGUCACAUCCAUGCUACUAAGUGCGAAAAAAUUGAAUGUUGUCUGCCAGUGUGAACAUGAGACGUGAGAUAUGAUUCUAAAUGAUUGAUUCUCAUAACUGUUUGUUAACACAGCUGUUAACUAGAUGUAAAAAAUGUUAAUGCAAGAAACAGCAAUGACUUGAGGCUGUCGAUAGAGAUUUGGGUAGAAUGAAUUGUUUUUUGUUUUUGCUUUUGAUGUGACAUGUGCCCAGUAUAGGUGGUUUAUCUGUUUAAUAAAAGAUAUAUUUUAUUUACACUGAGUGUAAAUAGGUGUAUAUACUGUUUGUACCAAGUAGAAAUAGUAACAAAUAGCACUUAGUGCAGACAAUAAUGGUAAUCACACAAAGUGUGAUUAGUAUUAAUAUGCUGUUUGUGAUAAAGGUAAAUUAGGCGUUGGUGGGUUGAGUUGGUAAAAAUAGUUUUUGUGUUUGCACUCAGUGUAAAUAGAGAGUGCCAUAAUUAAAUUUAGAUGACAUAAAUUGGUUGGGGAUAAGCUCUUUUACUGAGAAAUAAAACAAUCAGAUAAAAAAAAUACUAGUCAGAAUAGUUAUUCUCUAGACCAGUGGUUCCCAACACAUCGGUGAAGCCAGCCGCGGUUUGAAAAUACACGGUCAAGCCAGCCGCACUUUUUUUUUGGUUUGCGCGUCUAAUUGCACACUUUUUGUAUGGAUGCUGGAGCGGUCAAAAUGGAUAAAGAAGCUGUCAUAACGGCGUUUCCUUUGUACUUGUGCUGAUAUUUUUAAUAGAUUGCCGUUAAUGGUGACCCAAAAUAUGUCUACAUUAAACGUAAUUUAACCCUAAAAAGACCAUAAAGCGACAUCAGAAUAUGUAUUUAUUGCUAUUUUAUAAUUUUAUAUAAUGACAUAAAUAAUACAAUUUCAGGAUUUUUUUAAUGACUUGAACAUUGAAUUAAUAGUUGUAAAUAUUUUUUUUUUUGUACAUUAACAUUUGUAUUGUACAUUUAUUAAUAUACAUCAUUUAUCAAUGUUACUAUAUAUAUAUAUAUAUAUAUGUGUGUGUGUGUGUGUGUGUGUGUGUGUGUACCUUUCAACUCAUACUUGUUUAGAGUGACUAUUACUGUAUUAAUUUUCAAGUUAGAUCUACUGUAUAAUUUCUGUACAAAUUAAUGGCAAAUCACUCCAAAUCUCAAUGUGCAUUCACACAUUUUCCCAUAAGCACUUACUCGUAAAAAUCUUUGCUUUAUAGGUUUGCUCAUUCUUCCAAUUGAUUCCUGUUAACAGUGACCCUGACUAUUAUUGUAAUAAUUUUCAAAUAUUUUUACUGUAUAGUUUUUGAGAAAAUUAAAGGCAAAUUCACCACAAG